AUGUUAAAUUUUCGAAGAAUAUCAUUGUUUUAUCGUUCAAUAUCUAUUAAAACCAAUGUUUGCCGCUUUCGAUCAGCUCGUCGUUCUUCUAAAUCAUUAUUAACUGAUGAAAAACAUAUUGUUACUGAAACAAAACCUGUUUCAUUAGAUAAUCUCUCACCUGUAGUUCGUCAAAUUCUUUCUAAAGAUCCGUCAUAUGCUGUUCGUUUUGGUGGUCAAUUAUCUGAAAAUAAAAAAUAUCUUGUUCGACAACAUUCACGAACAACAGGUCGAGCAGAAAAUCUUCUUUCACAAAUACCAAAAGAUGAUAUUAUUUUGUCAAUAAAUGAAGAUGAAGAUGAUCUACCUCAUCCACCUAUUGUUGCUUUUCCAUCAAUGGAAAAUCAAUUUCAAAUGGAUUUAGGAACAGAAGAUAAAACAAUACCUAUUCAUGAAACAGCUCGUUGUUUUGGUUGUGGAGCAUCACUUCAAUGUGCUGAUAAAACUAAACCAGGUUUUGUACCAGUUGAAAUCUAUAAACAUUAUCUUUCAACAAACUUACAGAAACGAACAAGUCAAUGUCAACGAUGUUUUCUUUUUAAAUAUACAAAUGAAAUAUCACAUUGUCAAGUUAAUGAACAAGUUUAUAAAGAUAUUUUAACAGAAAUAAAACGAAAACGUGCUUUAAUUAUUUUAAUUGUCGAUCUUCUUGAUAUACCAAAUUCAAUUAGUCGAUUAUGGACAAAUCUUGUUGAUGAAACAGCAAAAAGUCAUCAUAAUUCAUCCAAUAUUAUAUUUGUUCUUGGCAAUAAAGUUGACCUACUACCCAAAGGCAGGUUUGUUUUAAAUUAG